AAAAAAAAAAAAAAAAAAAAACUCCCAAAUCCUCCGAUCAAAUCUCCACCGUCCGAUGGAGAGCACAGAUUCCUCCGGCGGUCCUCCUCCUCCGCAACAGCCGAAUCUUCCGCCGGGAUUUCGAUUUCACCCGACGGACGAAGAGCUCGUCGUUCACUACCUCAAACGCAAAGCCGCCUCCGCUCCUUUGCCCGUCGCCAUAAUCGCGGACGUCGAUCUCUACAAAUUCGAUCCAUGGGAACUCCCCGCUAAGGCGUGGUUUGGGGAGCAGGAAUGGUAUUUCUUCAGUCCACGAGACAGGAAGUACCCUAAUGGCGCGAGACCAAACAGGGCUGCAACGUCUGGUUACUGGAAAGCCACUGGAACUGACAAGCCGGUCUUGUCCUCCGGUGGGACCCAUAAGGUCGGAGUAAAGAAAGCACUCGUAUUCUAUGGUGGAAAGCCCCCCAAAGGGGUGAAAACGGAUUGGGUCAUGCAUGAGUAUCGUCUUGUCGAGAACAAAUCCAGUAAUAGACAUCCUGGUUAUGACUUCGGCAACAAGAAACAGUCCCUUAGGCUUGACGAUUGGGUGUUGUGUCGAAUCUACAAGAAGAACAACACAGGGAGACAUGUGGAUAACGAUAAGGACGACAUGAUCGACGAUAUGAAUAUGAUCUUCCGACAGUUCCAGCCGCCGCCUUCGAUUUCCUCCGGGAGAAUGAACUUUUUCCCGGCAAGAGUCUCCAACUUUGGAACAUUCUCCGACAACGUCAUCAACAGUACUAUUGAUGUCACCGACACUAACGCCGGUCUCGAUCUUGCUUCUCCCUCAUAUGGAUCGAAGCCCGAGCUGCCGAUGAUGAUGACGGCGACGAGUCUCAAACGUGAUCUUCCGCGGCCAUAUUGGCCCAGGAUGGCGGCGGAGGAGGAGGAGACGGUGGAUGGGUCAUCGCCGAGCAAGAGGUUUCACGGCGGAGAGUGCUCGAACAUUACCCCGAUGUUCGCGCAGACACCGCCAUUGAUGCAACAAGAGAUGCUAAGUGAAGGGUUAUACAGAACAUCGUACCAGUUGCAUGGAUUGAAUUGGUACUCUUGAAGAUAAAGAAUUCGAAUUUUUCGAUUUCUGGGAUUCGGAUUAAGCUGUGGAAUAUACACUUUUUGCAUUACAUUUGAUUUUUGUGUAGUGUUUGGGGUAUUUUGGCUUUGAUAAUUUGGUUAUUACUAUCUAUAGAUAGGGGGAAAAGAGAUUUAGAGAGUUUGGAGAAGUGAGGCGAUAUAUAUACAAGUAUAGGUUGAAAUUCUCUUUAUAUUGUUUUUGGGUCUAAUUCUAAUCGUUAAAUGUAUAAAUAUAUAUACUAUGUAUUUGUAUAGAUGCAUAUAUAAGAGAUAAAUGUUCAGCUUUGUU